AUGGAGCUCCCUACCUACAAUGGCCAGCAGGGACCAUCUACUACCCGUCCACCUGGUUCAAUAUCCCACCGUGUCCCCAUAAUAUUCAGGCGACUGCACCGGUUCCAGCAGAUGGACUUCGAACUGGCAGCCUGGCAGCUCACAUACCUGUGUCUGGCACCCCGGAGAGUGUACCGGAACGUAUACUUCCACAAACAAACAAAAAAUACCUGGGCGCGAGAUGAUCCUGCGAUACUUGUCCUCAUUGGUGCAUGUCUCUGUGUUUCUGCCGUGGCAUGGGCUGUCGUAUAUUCCUACACUAUUUUCGAAGCCAUAGAGUUGGCGUUUCUUAUGAUAGCUCGGGAUUAUCUGUUGACUGGCAUUGUAAUAGCCACGUUACUUUGGUUCACCUCUAAUCGACUGUUGCUGUCUCCACCUUCGCAUUCAACACCGGCAGAUUCGUUCGUAGAGUGGGCCUACGUAUUCGACGUCCAUACGAAUGCUUUUUUCCCGUUGUAUCUUGCGCUCUACCUUGCUCAGCUGUUUCUUCUUCCUAUCGUCCUCAAAGACAAUUGGGUGUGCCUAUGGGUUGGCAACACGCUCUAUCUUGCUGCCUUUGCGCAGUACACCUAUGGGAUAUACCUCGGACUAAAUGCGUUACCCUUCCUGGUUCGGUCCGAGCUUCUCCUGUCCCCAUUAUUGCCGUUAUUCACUGCGUACAUAAUAUCUCUGCUGGGAUUCAACAUCGCCAAGCAUGUCUUGACGAUAUAUUUCGGGUCGUAGAAUGGACUGUACCGCGUAGAUACGAUAAUUUAUAGACAAUUUGCUGAGCAC